CGCAUGCGUGGUCUUUACCGUGGUUUUUGGGGGGGGGGGAGCCGUGCGCAGCUGCUGGUCGGCCGGUGGGAUGUGGCGGGCGGUGAGGACAUGGCGCCCAGGGUACUGGCAAAGGGGGAUCAGCACUCAACAGAAUCCAAGCACUUCUGAUAUGCCAAUAAAGUUAGAAAAUCCUUACAAAGAACCUCCCAAGAAGUGCAUUUUAUGUGGUGUUCCAGUGGAUUACAAGAACGUACAGCUUUUGUCCCAGUUCAUAUCUCCAUAUACAGGUCGUAUUUUUGGGAGACAUAUAACUGGUUUGUGUGGAAAGAAACAAAAGGAAAUUUCUAAGACCGUCAAAAAAGCUCAACAGAUGGGAUUUAUGUCAGUCACAUUGAAGGACCCUGCUUUCAUAAAGGAUCCAAACAUUUGUGAUUUCAAACUAUGGGAAUAAUUAUGAAUGGUAUAAUGUUUCUCAAUUAUAUUCCAAAAAUCAAUAAACUGGAUGAAACUGUA